CAUAACCUCGCAGAUAUCCACCGCAGAUUUCUGUCUUGACAGAGGACGAUGAUGCACGCCGAGACUCCAUCGUGCGUGCUGCUCCGCGUGUGUGUGCGUCAUCGUCGCGUAAAUUUCGCAGGUGGUGAUUUUUCGGUGCUGCGAGAGGAGGCCCCCGAGGUGUGCGCCGGCAUCUCCGAGAAGUAGAGGCUCCCGAGGCGCCUCUUGGUCCGAGAGGGGCGUAGUCCGAAAUCGAAGGAGAAAGAAAAAAAAGGGCCCGCGAUAUACCAGGUAUCUUGCGCCUGAGUUUCGUGCUACCCUAUCGUGAGAAGAUUACAAGAGAACGCGCACAUUUAGACGGAGAGAACGGCGGAGGCAGAAGAAAAGGUCUAGGAAGCGAACUGGAGGAGUUGUCGGUUUGACAGGUCGAAUUUGACAUUUGACAGUUGGAGCGCGUCCGGGAUUUAGACGACAUUCCGACCUGUCAAACGAGAAUCCAAUGUGCAAUUCGGCGGACACGUCCUACGUGCAAAAGUUAGGUUACCUGCACCUAGGGGAUGAUACUCCGGACGCCGAUGGCGCGACCAGGGUCUCGGGUUCCAGGCAGGCCCAGGUGCCCGUAUCCAGGAACGCGAUGAACAGGAACGACGUCAGAGUGUCCGGUAGAGCGGUAGGUGCUAUAGAGAGUUUCAUCGAUAAUUCCACGGAUAUUUCCAGACAGGCAGUCGCCACCGAUUACAAGUACGAGCGUGAGAAUAUAAUAGCAGCUUCGCGAUUUGCCACUCCUAAGCCAGUGGAGCAGAUUAACGCGCUGCAGCAACAGCAGCAGCAGAAUCAGACUCGUGCAGGUCACCAACAGGCUCCUGUUUACGAAAAUAUAGAUUACUAUCCGCAGCAGAGUCAACCGCAUCCACCUUAUUAUCAUCCGAUAGAGUCUCGGAAAAGUCCGAAGGGUAGUCCUAGAGCCUCCUUGGUUGGUGAUGCCUAUGAAGGAAAUUAUAGGAAGGCUCAGCCGCAAGUGCCAACUGGCAAUCGUUACCAGAGUACAUCACCGGCUAAAGAAUUGCCUCCUUAUGAAGCACCACCGGUGUAUGAAAAUAUACAGGAGGUACACUUCUCUGAGAAUAUGCAAAAUAAGCCAGGACCUCAGGUGCCGCCAAAUUAUUAUCAUCCAAAUAUAAAUGGAGGUGAUUAUGUUGUUAUGACUGGAAAGGUGGGUCAGUCCCAGACUCAACGUGGAAUGACUCAAAGUUUAUCGUACACUCAACAGAGGAGUGGAAGUAUACGUAGUCAAAGUUAUGAUGCUUCAAGUUUACAGCGUUCAAUGGAUUCAUCUGCGUCCAGGUAUUUACAGAGCUCAUCCUCCACAUCCUCGGAUCAUCAGGCUGGAAGGAGCGCUUAUGUACCUCCGUCUGAACUGCAACAACCAAACAGAAACUUUAGUUACAGCUCCGAUCAGCAGCAACAACAAUCUCCUAGAUCUGCCUUACCGUAUCACAGCGAAUCUCCUCCUAUACGUUUACCACCGGAGCCUCAUCAUUAUCGUGGUUUAUUGGAAAGUACUAUGAGUGGACAGCAAGGAUUUCGUGCCACAAAUCAAAUUGAUAAUGGUCAAUCUUCGCAAUUUCGACAGGACAAUCCACAGAAUUACAAGCAGUACAUUGACCCUCCUUCGAGAACUGCAAAUACAAGUUUCACAGGAGACCCACAGGCCAGGAAUUCGCCAGUGUAUGGAUUUCGUCCAGGGGAUCAGACAGCGUGUCAUAAUCCUCCAUGCUACUCUCCAAAUCGUACAUUGCCUCCGAAUGAAAGGAAUUACCAUCACCAAGAAAAUCGACCAGACUUUCCAGCAAGAAAUUCCCCUGUUUACUCUUCAAAUCGCUCCACGGAACACUUGAGAUUAGGUACGCUGCAACAAAACGAUAGGAACUACGUUUCAGAUGUUGGAUCGGAUCUCCCAGCUACAAAGAGCUCGCCUUUAUAUUCUCCGAGUCGAAGCGAUCCCACCAGGGCCAUUAUUGCUAACAGCAAUGCGAUAAAAGAAUCUCCAAAAGCAAGUCCAACGCAUGGUCAGAUAUCAUCGGAUACUUCGCAGAUUAUCAUCAACUCACCUAGGCAUGCAUUGCAUCCUUCCUUCAACAACAGUUCCAUCGGAAGCCCUAUACGUGGACAGGUGCAAGCUCCUGUCAGCAGUGCUGCAACCACUGCUGGUGAAACUGACAUCAAUACUGGUCCUAGGAUCACUAGUCCCCCUGGUGUCACCAGUGGAGUUGCAGGACCUGUUCUCUUGAAUGCUGGUGUACCUGUAUUACAAAGACCUGCCAAUUCAGAAGCAGAAGAGAGAAAAUCUGUCAGUCCACCGAUCAAACCUGCACCUGGGAAGGGAUUGCUGCCUUACAAUGUCAUUUCUAGACCUUCGGGACCAACGGAGGCGGAAAGAAAAAUAGAGGAAUUAACGAGGCAGCUCGAAGAGGAAAUGGAAAAACAGGAGGAGGAAGGAGAGUACUUCGGUAUCUGUCAUACAUGCGGCGAGAAAGUGACCGGCGCCGGACAAGCUUGUCAAGCAAUGGGCAACCUCUAUCACACCAAUUGCUUCAUAUGCUGUUCCUGCGGAAGGGCGCUACGCGGCAAGGCCUUCUACAACGUUCACGGGAGAGUUUAUUGCGAGGAGGAUUAUCUGUAUUCCGGUUUCCAGCAGACAGCCGAGAAGUGCGCGAUUUGCGGCCAUCUCAUUAUGGAAAUGAUAUUGCAAGCGAUGGGCAAGUCGUAUCACCCGGGCUGCUUCAGGUGUUGCGUCUGCAAUGAAUGCCUCGACGGCGUCCCAUUCACGGUCGACGUCGACAAUAAGAUCUACUGCGUGAACGUACACAGAAUGUUCGCGCCCAAGUGCGCAUCUUGUGGAAAGGGAAUCACGCCGGUCGAGGGAACCGAGGAAACGGUCAGGGUAGUCUCCAUGGACAAAGACUUCCACGUGGAUUGCUACGUUUGUGAGGAUUGCGGUAUGCAGUUGACUGACGAGCCGGAUAAAAGGUGCUACCCACUCGAAGGAAGACUGAUGUGUCGCGCGUGUCACAUCUUGCGCAUCUCGCAUCCGCAACCACAGCCAGUGUCGGCUAGCUUCGAGUAUAUGGGUUAAGAAGCUACGUCGGUGCUUGAGCUUUCCGAACUGCGCACUUAACGAUCAUCCGAUAAUGAAUCUGUGAAAAUCGAAUAAGAUACGAACCGCGAUAGCAGAAUAGGACACUUACGAUUGCGCAUGCGAAAUUUAAAAGAUACGUACGAGUCAGAUUUUGCGAAAGAAUUUACACAUUUUACAAAAGAUCUUUGAUAUAAUAGCUAUUACCAUUUAUAUAAUUAUACUAUAUGCUAACAUGUUUGCUAUUAUCUCGUGAAAUGAAUGCCAAUUAUCGCAUCAAUACAAUUAAUACACAUCUCAAUAAUAUAUAGUAAAAAACAUAAUUACAAUCUGUCGCGUGCUAAGUGUGUUUUUUAGAAUCGAAAAAUUAUGCGAUUUUAAUUAUUUCAAUUUUUAAACGAAAUGUCAUUUUUGACAUGUAAGACUGGAUAUUUAAGAAAAUCGAGCCGAAAUCAUUACACUGCCCUAUUGGGAUCAUUUUUUAACCGAUAAACAUAACGUAUAGUUAUGUAAGUACAAGAACAUUUCUUUUUAAUCGAAGACAAGAAUCGAUAGUCUAGAUAAGUAUAUUUAAUAUAUGCGAUUUUUUAUUUAUUUAGUCAAGGUGGUCUUCUUGGCAAACACAGUAGUCUCAUUAGGAUGAACGAGUUGCGCAGGCAACUGUGAUAUAAUAGCAUAAUAAUAGUUAUCCGUUGUUAAGCAACAAUUCCAUACUUUUUAACAUAUGUAUAUAUCCAUUGUAUUUUUAUCGUAUCAUAUUCACGUAUGUAUCAUGACGGAAUCUGUAGAGAUUUUUCUGCGAAAGAUUCUUUUCCUCUAUCUCGAUCAAGUUUUAUAAUAUUUUAUGUAAUAUUCAUUAAUAAUAAUUUAUUAGAACAAAUAUAUCGUUUUACUGCGAAGACUCGCGUAAUAUUAAAUUAAAGUUUAUCGAUAUGUGACAGAAUGUACUAUAAUUUACUUCGAGGGUUAUAAUGCGUUUCAUAUAUUUUCGCGAUAUAAGCAAUGGAAACUAAAAAAAUGUUUAGAAUAUGAAAAGAGAUAUGUAGGCGUGCUAUCGAUUAGUGACAAUAUUAUAUAAAAUAUUGGAAGACGCACAACUCGAGCUGCCAAAUAACUAUUGUUACUUUUCAGGAUUAAUAAACGUAAUUAUUCUAUGUUACACUUAAUAGUAACUAACAAUAAGUGUAAUAUAGAAAUUAGUAGUAACUAAUUGUAACAAGUAAAUAGUAAGUUCGUGCGAAUUGUAGAUAAAAUUGUAAUCCUAUUUAAAUCGUAUAUAAAAUAUAUGUAUAAAUGAAUCACACACAAUCCUCAAUAAAGAAAACUACAAAAAUCUAUUUAA